UCAGACAAGACAAGAUAAGGCCAGAUCAGUUCAGAUCAGAUCAGAGAACACAAGGUAUGACCAGAUGAGAUGAGAUGAGAUGAGAUCAGGUACCAUAAGACAGACCGAGAGUACUCGACUGACCCCGCGAUGAGCGUCGCACUUGGAACUGCACCUUGAAAACCUGCGACCUUCCACCCUUACACAGAUUAGAUAGGUACUACUGUAGAUGGGUCGACAGACAUACGACUGAUCACGGAUGGAUAGCAACUGCUACCCAUCCAAACCAGAGAUCAUAGCCGCCUGAGAUAGCAGCCUGAUUUGGAACCCGUUAAUAAUACAACUAAAUGAUUAGUACACGUUUUUGAAAGCAAAACCAAGCCAAGCUGUCGAAAGGCAGAUCUCAGCGAGGCAAGAAAAUCCGAUGGUCUUGUUUCGUCAAGCAAUGAUGAUGGGAACGGGAUCUGCAGUCUCGCCCUUGUGGGCGUAUGCGCGACGGUCUGUGACGCAAGGAGGCGGCGGCUGGAGGUCCAGGGCGUCCAUGAUGAGGACGAUGAUCAGCGGUCGCGGCGUCGGCCGUCCGGUCGUCGGGAUCGCCGACAGGUCAUCCUCGACGGCGAGGCUUACCACCCCCCCGCCGGCCGUCGGGAUCCCCACGCUCUUGCUGCUUGGACAAGAGGCAGGCGGUGCGGCGGGGCCACUGCCGGCGCUGACGUCAACGUUAAUGCUGGCGCCGGGACACGUGGGGGCAGUUCCCGCGCUUCCGUUUCCUCCGGCGGCUGUCUCCGCGAACGGGGGGAUCGCGUCAGCAAGUCGUCCGAGCCUGCGUGGAAGAUCCUACACCGUAGGAUCGGUCGCAAAAGUUCCACUGCAGUCUGCUCCUCCUCCUCCUCCUCCUCCUCCUCUUCUUCCUCUCCCUGCCUUUAGUCACCCCCACCAUGCUCCCACUGACAUGGUUAUGGAUACGAGACUAAGUACCACCAGGCCCUUAGCUAGUACAAUGCCUGAGGACCGAAGGGCCUCGAUCAAAGCUUGGGUAAUGGAAAUGGAUAUGGCGGCCAAGAAGAAGGACGAUAAGAAGAAGAAGAAGAAGGACGACAAGAAGAAGAAGGAUCCGCCGAAGAAGAAGGACGAUAAGUCGAAGAAGAAGGAUGACAAGUCGAAGAAGAAGGAUGACAAUUCGAAGAAGAAGAAGGGUGACAAAUCGCCACCGAAGAAGAAAGAAGACCCCAAGAAGAAGGGCACCAAGAAGAAGAAGUAGAUGCACUGAGUCCGCAGAUCAACGGACAAGCGCGGCUGCCAAUCAAGCUCGACGGCCAUC